AUGUCAACCGACCAUUUAAUAUCCCAGCCCCACCAUUCGUCCAAAGGAUGCUCCAGCGGUCACAACGGCACACGACAUUACACGAAAAAGCGAGCAUCCAUUCAAAGUGUCGGCGAGGAGUUACAAUGGGGAUCGGAUCCUAGCUUUUGUUACCAUGGCUUCUCUUCCCCCAUCGGAACUUGGACGGAAGACCGGUUGGCCCGAAACUUGCUUCGCGAUAUGGCUUGCAUGUGUAGCGGGAUUGACAUCAUUGACGGAAGUCUGGACAUCAAAGCCUUACAACAUCCUGUCAACUACCUUUUCGAAACAAGAAACCCAAUUCUAUUUAAUGACGAGCAACUUGAUUCAAUAAAGCAAAGAGAUAAUCAACCGAGCAAAACACCGUUGGUCAUGUCAACAUCGCCCGUCGCUCAAACUCCAACCACAAUCAAAACAGAAGACGCAGAGCCACCGAGCAAAAAGCGAAAAUGCACCCAGAGACCUGGACAGUCAUUAUGUCAUUGUCGCUCUGAGAAGAAGAAGAGAGAGGCAAUAGGAAAAGGCUAUCAAGAUCUUUGUCGUGCUGUCCCCGGUCUUGAAGGCAGUAAUUUCACUCGAAAAUACGUGUUAGAUGAAGCAGCCAAAUAUAUUGAGUCGCUACUGAAAGGCAACAACGAGGUAUCUCAACAACUCGAAGCUCUUCAAUAA